CCUGGCAUGGAGUCAAGCAUAUUACAGAUUUUGAUUUUAAAAGAACUUUCUCAGUUAAUAACUAAAAAGAGGCAGUGUAACUAUGGCCAUCUCUGUGUGGUCGUUAAUUUGUUUUCCAUUCUCUCACUUUCCUGAUGUUCCAUAUCAGCAUGAUGAAGAAGAACAAGAAGCCGCUAGAUGAUCACAACGCCCUCCACAGCCUACAGUCUCACAGUCUAGGGCAUGCUAAGAAUAUAUUGAACGGAGGAGAGUACGCCCCCUUUGUGUCUCCUCCCAUACUGGAGAGCAAUUUCAUUCAGGUCAGUCGGAGAGGUGAAUCUAUUUACCUGCAUAACCGAGCGAACUGGGUGACCGUAGGCAUCUGUUCUUCCAAUCCCAUCCUCAAGACCCCCAAUAUGAUGCUGUUGGCACAUCUAACACCAGAAGCUCGAAAAGAACCAGAACCCCUCUUUAAAAGCCUCCUGACAUCUCCCUCUACAGAGAAUCUGGUGCUCACCAGGUUUAUUCCUCUGCAGUUUGUGACCCUUUCUGUGCACAGCGUUAAGAACAUGCAACUCAAAGCAAAGCUGAUAAAUGGCAGGGCAUACUAUUUACAGCUCUGUGCUCCUUCAUACAAACAGGAUAUCGUAUUUUCUCAGUGGGUGGACCUCAUCUCCCUCUUGAAUCAGGAGAAAGCCAGAAUUUCCAAAGUAUCAGAGGUCUCAAGCCUCUCAGAAAUCACAAACAGCACAGACAUCACAGGCUCCGUGGACAUCAUGGACUUUACCACUUUCGCAGAGCUGCAGGCUAUCCACUCGCACAUACGCAUGUGCUCUCCUAGCAGCAUGGAUAGUGCAGACUCCUCAGAAUUUACAGAUGCCACUGGUGUCACAGAUGUCACUGAUGUGACAGAUAUUCCGGAAAAUGAGAUCACAGAGGUUCCAGAUAUAAAAAUUGUCACGGAAGUCACAGAAGUCACAGAAGCCAAAGAGGCCACAAAUGCCUUUGGGGUCACAGUAGUAUUUGAAAAUGAUGACAUAAUGAAUGCCAAGCAAGAGGAAAAGGAAAAUGUCCUGAAGCAUGGGUGUCUUCAAGAUACAAACAGUAAGAAGGACUUCAGAGAAUCCCCGAAAUCUGUCACCAUCUCAGACUCAGCCCUGAGUUUCCAAGGUGAAAGGUGUUUUCAGACUACUCUGACCCCUGUAAAAAGCGAGGAAAGCAUGCCCAAAGGAACGAGUGAUAAAGCCUCUGAGGAACAGAUGACUGAUCUUCAAAAUGCAGAUCUCAAAGCUACAGAGUCCAGGAGUACAAGAACUGAAUCAGAUACUUCAGGCUUGUAUAGUUUUUCAGUUUUCCCGCUGAUUAGCGUUUCUUUCCCUGUUUUCACCUUCCUCUAAAAGCCGUGUUUUCUCCUUCCACACACUCUUGGCAUCACUAAUUCUCUUUACCUCAAGAGGGCGAAGGCUACCACAUCCUAAACCCUUGUUCCAUUAAACUCAGUCUGAACAAAGACUAAGAAGGUGUCAUCAAUUCUAAUUUCUAGGUAAAGCCAGGAUAAUAAUGCUGCUCAAAGGAGGAGAAUGCAUCCCUGGUGCCGAGUUUGUCCAGUUCUUACUCUCCCGGCUGCUAGGCAGAGCUAAUUCAGGACAGAGGGAUCCGGUUCAUCUCCCACACACUCUGCACUUGAAAGCACCACUGUCUCUUUCUGCACAGUGUUUUGUGGAAAGUGACACUGCAAAUGCACUGUUUCUAUAAGCAAGGCCACGUAAAGGUGUAGCGAUCCCGAGCUAGGACUG